AUGGUAGCAUACCACCCAUACUUUAGUUUAACCAAACAGAAUUGGGACGAAAAGAAAAAAAAAAAAGACACCCAGAAGACAUCCAGACAUUAUAUAACUAACAACACAACACACACCAUGGCUAUUGCUCCAAUUACAGGUACUUUGAAAAGAAAGAUCAUAACUGACAUUACCAUUGGUUUUGCUGCUGGCUUCACCUUGGCCACUUUGUACUGGUACACCGAACACACUCCACUCGUUGCCAAGAGAGAAGCUUACUAUGCUCAAUUGCAAAAACAAAAGCAAGCUGAAGAUGUCGCUUAG